GACAGACUUAGGCGGCUCCGGUGUGCCUGUUCAUUGUCAAUUCUGCUGCCUCCGAGUCAUUCUCCGGGUUCAACAUGUCAGAGGAAACUGAACGCUCUGAUGGCCGCAUUGUUAAAAUGGAGGUGGAUUAUAGCAGCACCGUGGAUCAGCGGUUGCCCGAGUGUGAGAGGAUGGCAGGGGAAGGACGCUUGCAGGAAGUGAUUGAGAUCCUCUUGUCUCUGGAAAAGCAGACUAGAACAGCUUCUGAUAUGGUGUCAACCUCCCGAAUCUUAGUGGCAGUAGUUAAGAUGUGCUAUGAAGCCAAAGAAUGGGACCUGCUCAACGAGAACAUUAUGCUUCUGUCCAAGAGGAGGAGUCAGCUCAAACAGGCUGUAACCAAGAUGGUCCAGCAGUGCUGUCAGUAUGUGGAGGAGAUCACAGACCUUCCCAUCAAACUGCACCUCAUUGACACACUCCGGACAGUUACAGAGGGAAAGAUUUAUGUGGAAAUUGAGCGUGCUCGCCUAACCAAAACCCUUGCUGCUAUCAAGGAACAGAGCGGGGAUGUUAAGGAGGCAGCCUCCAUUCUGCAGGAGUUACAGGUGGAGACCUAUGGAUCCAUGGUGAAGAAAGAGAAGGUGGAAUUUAUACUGGAGCAGAUGCGCCUUUGUCUGGCUGUUAAAGACUUUAUCCGAACCCAAAUCAUUAGCAAGAAAAUAAACACCAAAUUUUUCCAAGAGGAGAACACUGAGAAAUCGAAGCUAAAUUAUUACAACUUAAUGAUUCAAGUGGACCAGCAUGAGGGAUCUUAUCUAUCUAUAUGCAAGCACUACCGGGCCAUCUAUGAUACCCCCUGUAUCCUAGCUGAGAGUGACAAAUGGCAGCAUGCCCUAAAGAGUGUGGUGCUGUAUGUCAUUCUGUCUCCUUACGACAAUGAGCAAUCUGACCUGGUCCAUAGGAUCAGCACUGAUAAAAAACUGGAAGAUAUUCCCAAGUACAAGGAUUUGUUGAAACUGUUCACCACAAUGGAGCUUAUGCGUUGGAGCACACUGGUAGAAGAUUAUGGGAAAGAGCUGAGGGAAGGCUCCCUUGACAGUACAGCCACUGAUGUGUUUUCCUACAGUGAGGAGGGGGAAAAGCGCUGGAAAGAUCUAAAGAACCGGGUGGUUGAACAUAAUAUAAGAAUAAUGGCUAAAUAUUAUACUAGGAUUACUAUGAAGCGGAUGGCACAACUGCUAGACCUUUCCAUAGAUGAGUCUGAGGAGUUCCUGUCCAGUCUGGUUGUUAACAAGACUAUAUAUGCUAAAGUAGACAGGUUGGCUGGAAUUAUAAACUUUCAGAGACCAAAGGACCCCAAUGAUCUUCUCAAUGACUGGUCCCAGAAACUAAACUCCUUGAUGUCCUUGGUAAACAAGACAACACAUCUCAUAGCUAAAGAAGAGAUGAUCCACAAUCUUCAAUGAGCCACAACUGUUAUUUUAAUGUGGCUCAAUAGCAUAGCCCAGCAGUACAGGCAUUUCUACAUAUAGCAUUCACAUUGUUCAGUCUGUUUGCUGGCGGGAGAGCCUGUGCUGCAUUGCAGGGCAGAAAUGGGAUUAACAUUGGGAUGGUCAACUGUAUAAUAUAUUUUUUAUGUUCCUUUCUAAGUGUAACAAUAUAGAAUGGCUUUUUUUGUGUUCUAAUAAAAUGCAAAUAUCCCUGUUAGGGCUCUGUA